AGAAGAACAGCUGCAGUUGCAUUUUAUUAUUUUCCUGCAACUCCUGGAUGUUUUUCUGAGUUAAGAGAUGGAUAAAUGCCCGCGAUGCAACUGCGAGGCGUCGGGAGGAAACCGCCUGGUCACGGACAGCUGUGGACACACCAAGUGUCGUCCUUGCCUACUGGCGGAUGUGUCCGAUUGCCUGGAGUGCCGAGUUGCCAGCCAGGAGGAGGCUGCCAGGAUCAAGAAGACGCAGGAAGCCAAAGCUAGAACUCCGGCGGACAAGCACAUCGUGGUCACGGAACAGGGCUACCACUGCACCGUGUGCAACAAGGACUUUCGCAGCCGCACCCAGCAAUACUACCACCUCGCCUGCGGCAAUGAUCUUCUCAAGAAGUUCAGCUGCCAGGAAUGCGGUCGCAGAUUUGCCAGUCGUUCCCAUUUAAAGUACCACCUCAGCAGCCACGAGGAUAAAUCAAAGUAUAACUGCAACGUUUGCCAGAAAAGUUUCAAGCAGAAGAUCAUCCUGCAGCGCCACAUGCUCACCCACAACCAGGAGCAGCAUGUGUGCCAGAUCUGCCAGAAGGUCUUCCGUCGCCAGAGCUCCCUAACGAGUCACCUAGCCAUCCACAGCGAUCUCGGCCUGCCGUACAAAUGCGAACUCUGCUCAAAGUCCUUCCAAAACAAGACCAAUCUAAACCAGCACUUGAGGAAGCACGACAAGAACAGCAUUCGGCACAAGUGUAAGGUGUGCCAGAAGUCCUUUCUGCGGCAGAGCACCCUGCGACUGCACCUGAAGCGUCAUUCGAAUCGAGAGCGGCAAUCCUGCUCCCUUUGCGGCAAGAGCUACAACGAUGCGGAUGCACUGGGUCGCCACCUGAGGCAGCACAAGAGCGUGGAGCGCUAUCGCUGCAUUGAAUGCGACAUCACGGUCAACCGGAAGGACAACAUGCUGCGCCACCUGCGCUCCAUGCAUCCUGGCAUCUCUUUCGAAAGCAGCGUGGAGAUAUGUACGCAAAGGUCCAGUGCUCAGGAAAUUCCACCGCCAGCGGAGGAGGAGGAGGAGAGACCAGCGGAGGUCGUGCGGUACAACAGCGUGAUCCAGAGCGUGGGCAAUGUGGAGCCAGUGGUGGUUCCCCCACCAGUGCCAACUCCUCUGCCUGAAGCCGUCACAGAACACCCGCCACUGCCGGAUGUAAUGCCCGAGGAGAAUGUCCAGCUCUAUCGCAAGAUCAUCUUGGAUCUGGACAACGAGGAGUACUUCAAUGAUGCCCCAGAAUCCGCCCAGAAGCCGCGUGGCCCCGGGCAAAGCAGCUCCAAAUUUAGCGAGAUGCACUGGCGCAAGAAUUUCAAGUUCUGGUACCAAAAAGAAGAAAACACAAACCUGGGAUGA